AAAAGGCUGAAGCUUAUGCUCAAAGCAUCUCCCUCUCUCUCUCUCUCCCCCUCUCUUUCUCUCACUUGAAUUUUUAAAAGUUUGUUGAAGGAAGCAAAGCAUCUCUUCCUAGCUAGACACCUCUGCAUACAAUUGGUUUCCCCUGCAAGCAUUCCAAACCUUUCUUUGCUUACAAUUAAGAGCCUCCCUUGUGCUAUUCCUUUUCUCCAAUCUUUCAUUUUAAAAUUAUGUAGCAUUUUCUUGCUCAUCUUUCUGUGCAAAAUAUCCCCUCAAAGUUUGGAAUCUCUGAUUACUUUCAGAUGAUAAUGAUGAUCAAAUUUCUCUCAACAUCUUCUGUUUUUUAACUAAUGUUUCUGCAGCAGCCAUUUGUGUCAUUAUUAAAUAUGGCUGGAAUGGCUGCAUUUUUAUCUUCCUCAAUAACAGCCAGCAAUAUUCUGUAGUGGGAAGCUCUGCCAUUUCUUGGAAUCAAGCUUCCUUUCGAAUUCUUACAACCUUGCUUUUCAACUCGAAUUUGGUCCCUUCUUUGAGCAUUCACCUUUUUCAAGUACCAUAGGCCUUAACUGUUUUUUAUCGAGCAAAGGUUUAUAGAUUCUUGUGCAUCCUCUCCAAGAAAUAAGAGGACUAAUCAUACAUUCAAUUCAAUUAUUUGAUACCUUGGUUGAACUUUUUGUCAAUAGAGUUUCUAUUUCUGGCCCAAAAACAUUGUUUUCAUUUGGGAUUUCUCCAAAAUCAGAUUAAGACAGGAGAAGUUGGGACAGAAGAGCAUGAGUUUCUUGACAUUUAUCACGGGAUCCACGAACUCAUGGCAGCCGGCCAUGACCGUUAACACAACAACUGCAGCUUAUUGGCUGAACUGGAGGGUGCUGCUCUGUUCCUUGUGGGUGCUAAUGUCAAUGGUGUUUGCCUCUCUUCUUAUAUCGAAGCAUGAAUGUCGAAGGAAUUCAGAGGAAAAUGCAGAACACCAGGAAAAAGAACCACCAGGAAUCUUGUAUGAAGAUGAAGUUUGGAGACCUUGCCUUCGAAGCAUUCAUCCCAGCUGGCUCCUCGCGUUUAGAGUUUUCGCGUUUCUGAUGCUUCUGUUGAUGCUUAUACUAAAUGUUGCUGUUGAUGGAGGAACCAUUUUUUACUUCUACACUCAGUGGACUUUUACACUGAUCACCAUUUAUUUUGGGCUUGGAUCCUUGCUGUCUAUUCGCGGAUGCUAUGAAUACAACAACAGAGGUUAUGCUGAUGAGCGUUUUGACACGGAGCGUGGCAAAGGCAAGGACCGGAAUCAAGAACAUAUUGUUCGCGAAAAAGCAGGAUGUUUGGCCUAUGUUUUCCAGAUCAUUUUUCAGAUGAAUGCUGGUGCUGUAAUGCUGACAGACUCAGUCUUCUGGUUCAUACUAGUUCCCUUUCUUGUCAUCAAAGAUUACCAUUUCAAUUUUUUGAUCAUAAACAUGCAUUCCAUAAACGCGGUGUUUCUGCUAGGAGAAACUGCUUUAAACAGUCUUAGGUUUCCAUGGUUUAGAAUCGGAUACUUUUUUCUCUGGACUUGUGUUUAUGUUCUGUUUCAAUGGAUAUUACAUGCCUGUGUCUGGAUAUGGUGGCCUUAUCCCUUUCUUGACCUCUCAUCUUCCUAUGCUCCAUUAUGGUAUUCAACUGUGGCACUGAUGCACAUACCAUGUUAUGGCAUAUUUGUACUAAUAAUGAAGGGGAAGCAUUAUGCGCUAAAAAAGUGGUUUCCUGAGUCAUGUUGGUAUAUAUGCUCAACUCCGUAAAGGUUUCUGAAAUGCUGCAAAAAGUUUUGAGCUUUCUAUGGAAAAACAACAUUCAACAGAAAAAUUAUGGUUAAAACCAACAGAUUUCUUUGAAAUCCCCGAGAUUUCACCCUUGAUCAGAUUCAUAAACAGUUGGCUUAGAUUUUGAGAGGUGUACAUGUCAAUACAGAUUACUCCAUAAAUGUAACUACAAAUAGAUGUCAGACAAAAACAUAGUGGUAUGAUAUUUCUUCAUGUAACCGUCGCUUUGUUUUCCAGCUAAUGCCAAAUAACAACUCACUGCA